UCCUUUGUGUAAUUUACGAUAUAACCUCUCAACGAAUUCAUCUGUCAGUUGCAACUUGACAGCACCUAUCAUACCAAAAAAAAGAAAAAUUCGUUUUGCUCCCGAAAAAUUAACCACCAUCAACAUGUUCCGCAGACUUUCCCAAACAUGUCUAACAACCAUUCGCUCCCGAUCAACAAACUAUUCCACUCAACCUCAAUCCAAAGAGAAAUGGGAUCUCUAUGCAAGUGUGCUUGUCGAAAGAUUACCUAUAGUUUCGAAAUCUUUAAAUUCCCUCGAAACAGAUUUUCAAAAACUUCUCUGGCAAACUGAAUUCGAAAACAGCUUAAAAUCUGAUCAUGAAUUGCAACACGAAAAAGAUCUUAUUCAAGCUGAAUUAAUAAAAAAAGGUGAAGUUGAAAUUGAAUUCGAUGAUUCUGCAUCGAAACAAACUGCACAAGAUUUGAAAGAUUCUUACAUAGAAGAAGCAAAGAAAUUCCAAUUGGCUUCUCGUGAAACUCCCGAUGAUAAAACAAAUAAUUUGAAAUCUAUCAAAAGACGUUUGGAAGAUACACUUUAUCUUUUAGUCGAACAGAAAGUUGGAAAGAACACUUUGUUGUUGUUGCCACAAGGAAUCCGACAAGAAGGUGAAACAAUGCGUCAAACUGCUGAACGAGUACUCUUGGAACAAUGUGGAGAUCAAUUGAAUGUUACUUUUUAUGGCAAUGCUCCAUGUGGAUUCUAUAAAUAUAAAUAUCCAACUGCGGUUAGGGGUGAAAGUAUCGGAGCGAAGGUAUUUUUCUUUAGAAGCACAUUGAAAUCGGGAAAUGUUUCGGAGGCUAGUAAGAAAAAGUUUGAAUGGUUGGAUCAGUUUUCGUUAGGAAAAAGAUUAAAUGUACCUGCGUAUUCAGAGAGUAUCCAACGAAUGCUUUUGUAAAUAAAUCAAAAAUAAAGUUAUUUAUCAAUUUAAAUAAA